AUGAAAGACCUAGGAGUAGCUAAGAAAAUACUUGGAAUGAUGAUAGACAGAGACAGAAGUAGGAGUACCCUAAAGGUUCAUCAAACACCAUACCUACAGAAGCUGGUUACCAAAUAUGGAAUGUCUGAGUGUAAGCCAGUAACAAUGCCUCUUGCAAAUCACUUUAUCCUGACUAAGUCCCAAUGUCCUAAGAGUCCUGUUGAAACCAUAAAAAUGGAGAUUGUCCCUUAUUCAAAUUUGAUAGGUUCAGUAAUGUAUGUAAUGAUUAGCACCAGACCGGAUUUAGCUUUUGCAAUUUCUUUAUUGAGUAGGUUCAUGUCAAAUCCAGGAAGUGAUCACUGGAUUGCAUUGAAAUGGGUACUCAGAUAUAUAAACUGUACUGCAUGUAUAGGUUUAGAGUAUUGCAAAAGAACAUCUACACUUGAUCUUGUGGGGUUUGUGGAUUCAGACUUUGCAGGUGACAGGCAUAGCAGGAAGUCAACCACUGCAUACUGCUUCACCCUUGGAGGGAACUGCAUCAGUUGGGAAUCUCAACUCCAGCCUCUAGUUGCCCUAUCAAUGACUGAAGCAGAAUAUGUGGCCCUGGCAGAUGGUUUCAAGGAAGCUAUAUGGAUGCAAGGAUUAUUAACAGAAACUGAAUUGACUGACAGCAAAGUGACUAUCUUCUCAGAUAGUCAAAGUGCUAUACUGUUAAGUAAAAAUCCUAUCUACCAUGAGAGAACAAAACAUGUGGACAUGAGAUUUUACUUCAUUAGAGACCUGAUCACCAGAAGGCAGAUUGAUUUAACGGGUUCCCACUGA